GGCCCCAUCAUCGUGGCCAAGGGCGAGGACGUGGUGCUGCCCUGCAGCUUCUCCCCGGGGCAGAAUGCACAGGACACGGAGGUGACCUGGUUUCGGGAGCAGUUCUCGCCCUUUGUGCAUCGCUACAAGUUGGGCCAGGACCAGUACGGGGAGCAGAUGGUUCAGUACCAAGGGCGCACUGAGCUGGGGAAGGACGGCCUUGCCAAGGGCAGCGCGGACUUGAGGAUCUUCCAUGUCCAGCUCUCUGACACAGGGAGUUACACCUGCUUUGUUCAACGAGGCUCAGAUUACGAUGAGGCUGUGGUGGAGCUCCAGGUGACAGCCCGUUCAGGGGGUCCCAGGAGAGGGCAGACAGGGGAUGUCCAAAUCAAUGGCCCACAACCCAUUUGUGCUGCUUUCUCUUCCUUUUCAGAGCAACAAACCCAGGAACUCGCAUGGAGAAGACAGGCAGUGCCUAUAGGAGCAGUGAACGUGGUUCUGGAUCCAGACACAGCCCACUGUGACCUUCUCCUGUCUGACAAUGGCAAAAGUGUGACACGAGGGGAUACACGACAGGACAUCCCUGACACCCCCGAGAGAUUUAACCCGUGGCGCUGCGUUCUGGGCCGUGAGGGCUUCACCUCGGGGAGACACUACUGGGAGGUGGAGGUGGUGGAGGAUGCAGGAGGAUGGAUUGUGGGGAUUUUUAGAGAAGAUGUGAGAAGGAAGGGUGAUCUUGAGUUUAAACCAGAGGAAGGCAUCUGGGCAGUGGGGAAACGGCCAAUACUGAAAGCUUUCACCUCCCCUAGUCCCACUGAAUUUCCUGAAAUCAAGGCUCCCAGGCGGAUCCGGGUCUCUCUGGACUAUGAAGGGAGGCGGGUGGCAUUUUUCAGUGUUGAUGAGGGGAUUCCCAUUUUCAUGUUCCCACGGGCAUCAUUUGAGGGGAAAAAAGUCUACCCUUGGGUCUGUCUGGGUUCUGGGACACAUCUGACAAUAUGGCCCUGAUGAAGAGGAGGCAGUAAGAGAAAGGUCUCCAAGGGUGGAGAUCUCGUUACCUCUCUGCACCUCUCUUCCAUGCUGCAUCUCUCCAAGAUCUUUCUCUGAGGCCAGACAUGCUGUUCUGGUCCCACUGCAGAUCAGUGGGAGAGGCCAUGGCCAAGACCUUGUGUUAUAAGAUCUCCCCACAUCAUUUCCAGGUGUGGGGAAAAGGGACUUUCUCUCCUGCUUCUGAGGGUGUUCCUUACACAUGGAGGGUGGAACCAUUGUUUCCUUGUCUCAGGCUCAGGGAGCAUUUGGCAUGUAAAUCACUCUCUCUUUGUACACUUUUCUUAUUCCUAUUGUUGCUGUUACUGUUGGUUUUAUGAUCUCAUUGCAGUUUCCAGUGAAUUGUUCUUCUCUCCACCCAUGAUCUUUGCCUUUUGUGCUUUCAACCAGAGGUGGGGGCAGGGGGAGUGAGCAGCAUCUGCUUUGGGAGAGUCUGGGUGGGAGCACUUGAUUGGGGAGCACCAUUCCUAAAACACCACACAUGCUUUCACACCAGAUCCUCCAUUCCAUGGAGAUCCAGCAGGCCUGGACCUUCCCAAGGGAAGGCUUCCCCCCAACAGAACUGGUAAGGAGGGAGACUUCAGUGCAGGUGGUGGCUUUGUUGCCUAAACUCAGCUCUUGAAAGAAACCUCCAAGACCAAAUUUGUGAGUUUUAGAAGCCAGGCAUUCUUUUAUUGUGGUGCACUGAAGUGACUCCA